AUGCCCAGCAUCCGCGGCCCGCGCCAAAUGCUCCCUGCCCGACCCCAAGGCUCGUUUGCUGCUUCUGCCCACGCGCUUGACCACUGGCUCCGCACUGUGGCGUCUGCCUCACCAGCACUCACACCACGGCUCAACAUUGAACUCUGUAGCACUCCAGUCUGCUCAAGUGCUCUCAUCACAGACAUCCCUGGAUGCUCAUCCCAACUUCAUCGCGCCGAGUUUGGCCCGCUUCAUCUGCUCGCCCUGCCGUGUCGUGCCGUGUCGUGUCACUUCGCCGCACCAGACCGCAGAUCUAAUUCCCAAAAGCUACUUUGCCAACCUCGUCGCCCUCGUGGCUUUAUAUCUUGUCCUGCCCUGCCCUGCCCUGUCCUCUCUUACACUGUUCCCUCUGCGAGUGCAACCACGAGAUCAGUCAACUGCUGGCCUCGCCACGUUGAACAGUCAACUGGCCAUCUCGCGGCGCAAUUGGCCUUCUUGCUUCGGCGAGCCGCAACAAAGCGCGAGGACACCACACCGUCUCCUGCGCUGUCGCAAGACAAAGACAAGGACCAACGCAUCGCAGCUCCACAGCCCGAAUCAGUUCCCGCUGAAUUGACAAAGCCCUCAGCCAUGAUCUUCUCCGACUUUUACAGAAGUCCACGCUCACCACUAUCCAAGCUUCGCUUGCACCAUCCGCAGCUACCAGCUCAGCUGCCCACCGCAGCACCUGAAUGGCGAGCCGAUGAGUAUGCCGAUCUUCUGAGCAAAGACAAAACCAAGCAAAAGGAGGCCGUGAAGCGCUACUUGACUGAUAAGGUCCGCAGCGACUGGACCUUUGCUUGGCCGCCUGUCGUUUCAAACGAAAAUGUUGCGUCAUCGAGGCCCGAAGGCCCAGGAGCUUCUGUCGAGCUCCCAAAUCAGGCCAACUCCUCAAAGAAACGGGGAGGGGCUCAGGCUCCUACGAGCGAAGAAGAUGGAUAUCGAGGAGGAGAAGGCACUGAGCUAGAUGAACCCGAGUCCGAUACCGGAGAUGACAAUGCCAUCGUCGAUGAUGACAACGACGACGCCGAGUCUGUAUACAGCGUAAUGUCAGAAGAUGCGAUACAUUAUCGUCCUCGGACCGAAUGGACGUCGGAUCUGUCCGACGAUGAGGAUAUGCCACCCAAGCCCUCACCGUUUCGCUUUGAUAACCCCGACUCUAUCCAAUCCGCCAUUCAAGACAUUGUGCGUGCAAGGAAGGCUCGCAGGCGGCGUGCUCUGCGGGAAGAGAUUGCUUGGAACGAGGGACUCGCCUGUUUUGAAGCAAGGCGGAAUGCUUGGACCGGCGCCAAGACGGUCCGUGUUCGAAGUAAGCCUGUAACCACACCUCCCGCAUCGCCGCGAUCACCAAGGCGAUUUUUCUUUCGUCGCUCCAUGUCCGGAUCGCCACCCAAUCCGGCGGUGGCUGUUCUCUCCCAGCACGGAGAAUGCUGUGGUGCGGUAUCCGACUCGUCAUCCGCCUCAAAGGACGCUGAAAAGGACUUGAAAAAACAUCAAAGCACCGACUCGACCGUAUCGGACUCUACCAGAAUUCAGACUUACCCUAUUGAAACACUGCUGCCAGUUGGACAGCCUCUUCUUCCGCCUACAAACCCUCUGCGAGCUUCAAUCUCGCCGGCGGUUUAUUUGAGCCUCUAUGACAAGGUGAUUUUGCACAAUCUGCAGCCGGCAUGCCCCAUCAACUUGUCAGAUAUGUUGCGAUCUUGCGUUGCCGGAUGGAAACGAGAUGGCGAGUGGCCUCCGCGAUGCUCGGCGCCCGAUCCGAUGCCAGCGACUCGAAAGAAAAAAAAGGCAGCGCCAGCCUCUGCGACUGACAAUACUGGAAAUGUGACGAGACGCAUGAGUUUCGGCCUCUUGGGUCGCGAUAAGGAUGAUGAAGGCGGUGCUGGCAAAGGUAUUCGCCGUAGUCUGCAAAGAGCGCUUGGAAUUGGUGUCAUGGCCGGCAUGGGAGAUGCCUGA